AAACAGCAACAAGGCACGAUUCGUAGAAGAGCGAACUUUAACUUUCGCCUAGGUAAGGUGCUUAGUGAAUGAUAAAUAGUAGAUAAAUACCUGAAAUGAAUUGUGAAAGCCUAUCUACCUGUAUCUGGAUUUCAGCGAAUGUAAACUUCUCAAGAACAACAACUAUUAUAGUGCAACACCAUAUUGGUUACAAUCAAUCCCUCGUGGCCUAAGAUAAUUCGGCAGACAUCAAGAAUCUAGCAUCCUCAUUCCAGAUUCUAGAGUCUAGGUAGUCUAGCAUAUCAAUUAUUUAGGUACUGUACGAUGGCGCCUGACGGGGCGAACCCGGGAAAUAACAUCUCUUCCCAAGAGAAGCACCCAAAGCAUGUACACGGCGAUGCUGGCAUCUCUCGUCUUUUACGUCGCCAUAGCCCUAGCACAGGGCGCCCAGGACGUCCAGAACACCCAGAACGCCAUGUCCGCGAUGCUUCGACGAACUCUCUAGCUAGGAUAUUUGAUACUCGUACCGAUUCUACUCAGGUCCCUCAUCAUCAGGCCCCUCACCAUCAGGUCCUCCAGAGGCCUAUGACCGUACAGGAUGAACAUUAUGCAAAUAAUUCUUAUGGAGUUACUGAACUGCGUGAUGGAUUUUUCGAUGCCAUCUUCCUUCCUCCUGAGAAGAUUGAUUAUCAAGCUCUUAUGAAGCAGGCUGAGUCAACUCUCCCAUAUGCCUUCCGAAAAAGAGACCCCCUAUCUGCGCGGGACUUCUUCCCCAACCAGUGGCAUGAACUAAAAGGAGUCGUUCGUCGAGUCACCACUACGAGGGCUGGUAUUAAACUGCUUAAGUCCUUUCUUGCUGUCUUCAUAGCAUAUAUCCUAUGCGUAAUCCCCAGUGUUCGAGAUAGGCUAGGCCGUUAUUGUUAUAUCACGGUUAUAUCCGCUAUAGUCAACCAUCCUGGGAGAACCUUAGGAGCUCAAGUCGACGGGACUCUUCAAACAAUAAUAGGUACGGCAACAGGCUUAGGAUGGGGAGCGUUUGGUUUAUGGGUAUCUACCGCUACGGCAGCGGCACGCAUUGGAUAUGGCGGCGUUCUAGCUGUCUUCUUUUUUAUAUAUAUUUUCUCUAUCGCAUGUCUUCGUUCAUACUAUAUUCGCCUAUAUCAGGCCAUUAUAUGUGCUGGGAUAUCCAUCUGUUAUACAUGUCUGGCAGAGGUAUCGGGCAGCAAGGUCUCGUGGUCUAAGCUCCUCGCCUAUGGUGUUCCUUGGGUGCUGGGACAGGCUAUCGCUCUUGUUAUAUGUUGCACGGUGAUGCCAGAUGCCGGUGCACGUCCGCUGGCCGUUGCUCUUCAUCAAGCUUUUGCUGUCAUGCUGGAUGGUCUUGGGUUAACUCGACUAGACAGCACCAGGACACGCCGAAGACUAACACAGACAUUUGUAAGCAUUUCACAAGCGUAUAGGGAUCUUGUGAUCGACUUUUCUAUCACACGUUUUGAUCCGAAAGACGUAUUGGAGCUCCGCAAUCUGAUCCAAGGUGUCAUUCGUGCACUGCUUAGCUUGAAUAGCGAAACUGGAAUCCUUGACAAGCUAGAUGAUCACUCUCCAUAUAGAAUAGGCCGCGAUCGGCCUAUUUUCGAGGAAUUCGUCUUAAAUAUGGGAGAAGAAACUCACGACGCAGGAAGCGAGGAACAAAAUAAGUUCGCCAAAUUUGUUGCUAGUAACUUAGCCGAACCGACAGAGAGACUCCUCCUGGCUAUGGAGACCGCUUUACAAAGCUGCGAUGCAGUUUUGAUGGAGAUGUGUGGCCAUCGAAAAUUCCUCGGCCCUCCGAAGAGUGUGUCGAAUGAUGUUCCCGGAUCACUAAUAAAGCUGCGUAGGCGUAUCAUAGCCUUCAGUGAGUGCCAAGACAGCGUGUUGGCUAGCGAUAGCCUGCCUUCUACAUAUGCAAAAUAUCCAGAGGUUGUCAGGCUCUUUACAUAUUGUCGGCUUGUUCACCAAGCAGCAACGGCUAUUGAAGAAUUGCUAGUACAAGUUAAUGCGAUGCAGCAGAGGAGACCUAAAUAUCCAAGGCUUCAUCCCCCAUCCUAUCCUUUCUGGAAGGCAUUACACCGCACGAAUGCACAAGUCCGACAUGACCGAGGCGGCCUCACAGCGGGUUCAUAUUUUAGGAGCUUCAGCGAAAUAGCGGAAACCAUGCAAAAGAUAAAAUCAAGUGACUUUCAACCCUUACCGAGGGAAGGUGAUGAUAUCACGAGUAAAGAAAAAGACACUUCUUCGCAUGCUACAAUGACAGCUGAUGAACCUGAGGACGAAGGGAGCCCAAAAAGUCACCGUGUGCGACAUGAAAUUUGGAAGAUUCUUCAUCGAUUACAGGGAUUUGAGACGCGUUUUGGGCUCAAGACUGCAGCGGUAACUUCGUUAUUGUCCAUACCUGCUUGGAUUAAUGGGGCUCAUGGGUGGUGGGAUAGCUAUGAAGUCUGGUGGGGAGUUGUGAUGGCUUGGCUCAUUAUGGGAACUCGUACUGGCGGUAACAUCAAGGAUUUGGUAACGCGAGUACUCUGCGCCGUCCUCGGUUCCCUCUGGGCAGGCCUAUCGUAUGCUGCUGGCGAUGGUAACCCAUACGUUAUGACUGUGUUUGCUGCAAUCUUUAUGCUCCCCAUGAUGUACAGAUAUACACAAAGCACGCACCCGAAAUCGGGACUUGUGGGAUGCGUUUCGUUCACAGUCGUGUCGCUAGAAGAAGUUGCAGCUGGGGGUAGCCUUUCCCCAGCUACACUGGCCGCUACACGCGGAGUUGCUAUGAUAAUUGGCGUUGUGGUUUCUGUUAUUGUUAAUUGGGUUUUAUGGCCGUUUGUUGCUCGAGACAAUCUUAGAAAAGCCACGGCUACAAUGAUGUUCUAUUGUAGUAUUAUUUACAGAAGUAUCGUAUCGAAAUACGUCUAUUAUGAAGAAGGAAAUGAACCCACAGAGGAUGAUAUACGAGCCUCCGAGAUACUGGAAGGACGCUUGCGCGAAGGGUUUGUAAGGCUAAGGCAACUGCUAGGCCUCACGCGUCACGAGAUACGUCUACGAGCCCCCUUCAAUCCUUUACCAUAUUCAGCGCUCAUUGAUGCCUGCGAGCGCUUUUUCGAGUGUAUAGUCACGGCGCGCCAGGCAUCUCUAUUUUACCAUCCCCACUUCAUCAGGGACAACACUAAGUUCGCGGUAGACUUGUUGGGUCACAGGAGAGACGCAAUUGCUACCAUAUUGACGAAUCUAUAUGUUCUUUCAGGUGCCCUUUGGGCAGAGAGAAAAGUACCCAAAUACUUACCAAGCGCUGCAGCCGCACGCAAACAGCUUUUAGACCGGAUGGCUGUUCUAGAGGCCGAACUUGUGGCGAGCGGAAAUCUCAGCGCUGACAAAAAGUCGGAAGGGAGAAAAUGGGCCCAGAUAUACAGCUAUUCGUAUAACGAGAGCUUGACCGAUUGUGUCGAGCAGCUAGAGGAGCUUGAGAAAUAUACCAAGGUGAUUGUUGGUGAACAGGGGUUCGAUGGCUCAUAUACGGAUGAAGACGGGUUUAUGGAAUAAAUGUUGCUUUCUCAAUUGAAAAGCAAGGCAAAUGGAACAAUAUCGAUGAAUGAACGGAUAAAACUUAACUAUAGGUAACUUGACCAGCUGCGGAAACAGAAAAGCUACUCGGACCUACUUCAGUUUAAAUCUCAAUCACAUAAUGUAA